GCCAAACCUAUCGAUAACCGAUAGCCGAUUGUGCGUCGAGUGCCGAAAAAUAAAAAUUGAUUUGCAUUUGUUCUCGGCUUAAAAUGAAUUAAAUGUUGUUGUUUUCGCCCAAAAAAACUCACAACUCGUCACCAUAACAUCAAUUCACUAGUUAAAAGGAUAAACCCAAGGAAUUAAUCAACUGCCAAAAACUAGAACGUAUGUGAAGAAAAGGCGUGUGUACCAAUAAGAAAAAACGGUAAAAAAGAAGAUAUUCGAAAUAGAGAAUAUAACCAGAUAAAGAAUAGAAAUAUAAUACAAAAUAGCUAAGAAAUAAAACAAAACGCGUGUGCCGCAAAAAUAGCGAAAAUCGCAACAAAAAAGUGUAUGUCAAAUAGGAAAAUGUGGCUCCGCCAGCGAUAACGGUACUCCAAUGCGCUCUCUCGCCCGCACACAGACACACACGAAUACUACUACCACUGCCAAUAGCAAAUCCUGACCACCAGCAGCCGCACCUAUAAAAGUGGGCGUAGGUAGAGACGAAUUACAAUUACAAAUUGUCCAAUAGUGAUGUAUGCCAAUUGUUUAAACAAAUGCAAGCUGGCUUAAACUAAUACUAGUAAGGAAAUUCCAAUACACACCUAUACGGGCACUCACACACACAUAUUCAUUCCCACGCACGGAGAGAAGAAAAGGAAAGAAAGGGAAGAACGAAGCAUCGGCGCGUUGGAGAAAUGUGCGGGAAGAGAAGAUUGAAAAUAAACGUGUAGUAGAGAAUUUUUGAAGCACUCAUACACACACGCACGCACACUUCCCACACUCUUUCUCUCUCUGUCUCUCUGAUUAUCCCGUUUGCCGCCUACACACUCACACAAACACACGCACGCACUCCCGUAUCGCGAAAAGCGUGAGCUUUGUUGUUGCUCCAGCUCUCUUUGCCGCCCCCUCUGCCGCUUUCUCGCAGGAGGCGCUGCUGUUUUUGUUGUUGUGCUUGCCGCUGAGUAAAUGGCAGACCCUCUAAGCGGGCGCCGCUGGUGAGAACAUGUCGUAAUGGCCAGAGAGGAGUCUCGCGGCAAGAGACCACUGAAAAUCUGGGACAGCUGGCGGAAUGUGCGCAAGGGCGUCGUAGUUGGGACCUUUGAGGAGCUCUUGGUCCGCGGCAAGGAUAAGCUAGGGGUUCCUGCUUCAGAACCGGUACGCGUUGUUCUGGAGUGUGAUGGAACCCAAAUCGAGGAUGGCGAAUACUUUCGCACCCUGGCCAACAAUACGGUGCUGCUUCUGUUGAGGCAGGGCGAGCGCUGGUAUCCCACUGGCGUUGAUGUCAUAAAGGCUGCUAUAUCAGCUAUACCGAAAAUCGUCUGUGAGACGAUUCAUGCACUGGAGCUGCACGAUGAAACCCCGUCGUGGAAGAUCAUGGACAACAAAGGGCGUGUCACGGUCGUUCUGCAUUGGGAUCAGCGGCAGGGUGGAGGCGGGAGCAGCGGUGGUGGUGGCGGCGGCAGCAGCGGUGGCGGCAUGUGCUCCGGCCUGGGCAGCAGCAAUGGACUGCUUACCUCCGACAAGUAUUCGCCCUCGAAGAAGGGCCUCUCCGCGCAAAGUUCGCUGGACAACAAGUCGGUGUCGUCGCAAUCCUCCCAGCCACGCUAUGCCAGCCCCCAAAUAACGGUGAUCAGUGACGACGGCCCGGCGAGCAUAUACCAUCCCGGCGGCGUUGUCCUGCCACCAGGAGUUGUGAUACCCGGCGGCAGCAGGCGCCUCUCCAAGCAGGGCAGCUCCUUCGACAGUAACGUGUCGGGUGGUGUCGGCGUGGGAGCUGUCCACGUUCAUACGCCGGAGUGCGCCCACCACGCCCACACCCCCAGCAGGGCGGGAAGUCCCAGCACCACGGAGUGCGACUUCCACUGCUGUGCACUGCACGAGGAGGGGCGCAAGAUAGCCGUGCACAAGAGCGUGGCCACGUCGCCCAUUCAGGACGGCAGCUGCAGCAGUCCCCAGCCGCAGUCGGCACCCUCGGUUAUGGAUCCUAUGCUGGGCGGCAGCGGUGCAGGCGGUGGCGGCAGCGGUGGAAGUGGCAGCAUGCAACGCCGCUCGUCGGGAGCCAAGGGUCAUGUACGUUUCCUGGACAUUGCCCCCGAACGGGAUAGCUCCGAGAGCGAAACGGAGAACACGGUUAUGGAGGACGACAAGACGACGACGGAGAAGUUUCUGCUGCUGAUCGACCAGCUGUCGGUGGACCAGAAGCGUCAUCUCAGCAUCAAGGACAUCGGCAUCAUACUGGAGCGCCUCAACUCCAAGAUACUCGACGUGGAGCGGUUGGAUCGGGAGUCCGAGUCGGACGAUUGCUACAACUGGACGAUAAAGGCGACAAUACGCGGCGAUGCGCUGCGCGAACUGGGCGUCAUCUACAAUGGCAACUACUAUGCCAUCUCCGAGCAUCCCGGCUACAAGGAGGAGCUCGAGGAGAACGGCGAGGAGGUCGAGGAGGAGGAAGAAGAGGAGGAUGAGGAGGACAGAAUUUAGAUGGGCAGACCCACAACAAGUGGUGGAAGGUAUCAAUAAACUAGCGCAUUUUACAAAAACAAAAACCGUAAAAAAACGACAAAAAAUUGACAAAAAAAAAGAUGAAAACCAAAAAAUAUAUAGGAGUAGCCCAGCAGCUCAACAACACACUCAACACACACACCAACAGCCACACAUGCAUACAUAUAUACAUAUAUACUUAUAUAAAAUAAUUACGAGAAUAUAAUAAUGCAAGUCGCACAUUGUACAAUAGUGAAGUAAGCAUAAACGUGAAUUAUAAAAAACAAAAUGGCAAAAGCAAAGCCAGUCACAACA